AUGCCUCUAAGAGAUAUCAAAUCAAUGUCAACAGUUGGAGGAAAUCCAAUAGGGUACACCAUCAAAGACUUGUACACUUGGCAAUUGGAGGAAUGGAGAUCUAUAACUUGUUGCAUACUCUAUUCUUGGUAUUCCGAGUUGUUCGAUUUUCUUGGUCCAGGAUCCGUGAAAGAUUGGCAAUUCAGUCAUAGUUGUACUAACGCUAGUAGCAGUUGUAUUAUAGAUUUAAUUAAAUAUUAA